UAUGGGUUUCCUAAAAUUUAUUUUAACUUUACCAAUACUUUUGGUUUGCAUUAAUAAUAUUGCUAUUAGUCAAACUGCGGAUUCAUACGAAGUAGCAAAAACGCUUCUAGAACAACUUGAUAUCGUAGUAGACAACAGACGAGAGAUACUUAAAAACUAUUUAUCACGUGAUUUGUUGAAUAAAACUAAUGAAAUAAUUAACGGAUUUAGAAAUUUUUCAUUAACCAAUUUGGACCACGAAUUCAACCGUGUUAUGGGCACUGCAGCCCAAGUGAAGCAGGAAGUAGAAAAUGUUUCUACGGAGUCUGCACAAUGCUUUGAUGAGUUGUGGAAGAAUUUCAGUGUUUAUCGUUCUAAAGCUGACUCAUAUUAUCCCACCUCAGAUUUUGUUGAAGCGGCAAUUUUGAGAAAUCUAGGAGAAUUUAUUCGAAUGGCACAUCAGAUUAACACAGAAAAUUUACACAGUAAACUUGAAAGCGAGAGCUGCAAAGAAAAUGAAUCGUGUCUUACAGAUCUUAUUUCUGAGAUCUCACAAUGUUUUGUGACCAUCCCAAAACAAUUUGAUGACUUGACCCAAAGAGCGGUGGAUUUUGUGGAUGACUAUGAAGUAACUUUAUAUUCAAUGAACACAGUAACAACAUUCAUUGAAGACGUAUAUAAAAACAUGGGCCAAAUUCUUAAUUGUAAAUUUAUAGCAUACACUAAAACAACCUGAUUGAACAUAAAUGUAAUUUAGUUUGAAC